AUGCUUGCGGAAACGGUCGACCCACAAACAAGCUCAAAGAUACUCUGGAGUAAAAUCGCAAGGAUAUCAGGAAAAACCAGCAAAAGAAGAGCUAACAACCCAAUACAGGAAGACAUACAACUGGGCGAAGAAUUUUUGGAUAUACACGUUGGGAAAAAUGAUGUAGACAUAGAAGCACCAUUAACCUAUGGACCAGUUUGUCAAUACAACCUGAUGGAUGCAGAGAAGUGGAACAAGAUUCUGUCAACUAAAAACUCAAAGUCUGCGCCUUCCGGAGACAUGAUCACAUACGGCAUGCUCAAACAGAUAAAACCAGAGGUAAGAGAUGUUAUAUUAGAACAAAUCAACCAGAUGUUCAUAUCAGGUGUACUGACACAUCACCUAAAAGAAAUUAAGAUUGUCGCGAUCCCUAAGCCAGGGCGCGAUCAAUGCUCAGUGCAUGGGAAAAGGCCAAUAGCCCUGAUCCCAACUAUUACCAAGAUCAUCAACACAGCCGUGCUAGAGCUGAUUCAGUCGCACUUAAGCGAACGGAAAAUCUUACCGAAGCUUUCAUUCGGUUUCAGACGAAACGUCUCUACGUCGACCUGUUUGAAUUACGUGGUGAAUGCUAUCAAGCAAAACAAAAGAGAAGGUUAUAUCACAGCAGUGACAUUUCUGGAUCUAGCAAAUGCAUACAAUGCUGUAAAAACAGAUGUUUUGGAAGAGAUUCUACAAGAAAUGUUAUUCCCAUCUGAAGUGAUCAUCUGGAUCACGUCAUUUUUAAAAAACAGGAAAGUAGAAAUGAAGGUUGGAGAAAACAAAUUGUCGAGGAUAAUCAGUAAUGGGCUCCCACAAGGUGAUGUGAUGUCCCCAACUCUCUUUAAUGUCUACACGACUAAAUUGCAUCAAAUCGAUGAUACAGAUGUAAUUUUGGUUCAGUUCGCGGAUGAUUUCGCACUAAUGGUAAGAUCGAGAUCUACAGAAACGAUAAAUCAGAAGAUGCAACACCAACUUGCGAACUUCACACGCAAGGCAAAAAACCUAAACCUAACCAUUAAUCCAAGCAAGACUAAAGCAAUUUUAUUUCACGGAGGAAACACAACACUAAAUAUCAAUGUUAAUAACACAGCGAUAGAGAUGGUGAACAAUCAUAGGUAUCUUGGACUACACAUAGACAGAUUUCUGAGAUUUGGAGGACACAUACGGAGUGUAAAGGAUAAAAUACAUGAACGUCUUAAAAUGUUGAAAGUUAUCAGUAACAUCCGCAGCGGGGGUCACCCACAAACGAUGAACUUGAUUUACAACGCCCUGGUGAGAAGCUGUGUUGAUUAUGGAUCGUCUGUAGCCAACAAUGCAUCUGCAACGAACACGAAGGUCAUACAAACAGCACUAAACGGAUGUUUACGGAAAGUUACCGGAUGCAGCAAAACGACACCACUGAACUCGCUGUUAGCAAUGGCGGGACAAGAACCUUGGGACAUUCGAUGUGAAUACAUUACAUGCAAAGAGAUAGCCAAAAGCGUAGCAUAUAGAAACCCGAUUUAUGAACAACUCCGCGAUAUCGAAAAUUAUGAGGGAGACGAAGAAAAAUUAACAUACCUGGAGAAACAGUACUUGAAACAUCAAAACAUUUUCAAAAACAUCAGUCCCAUCCUUACGAUAAAAGAACAUUCAAGUCUGGAAGAGUUUGAGAUCAACAUGAAUAUUGGGGUCGUAUUCAAGAAACAGAAUGCGAAUCCUAAAAUGAUGAAACAAAUGGUAUUAGGAUUACUCAAUGGAAAGUACACAAACCAAACUAAAAUCUACACGGAUGCUUCGAUGUUCGAUGGAACUUGCGGGAUAGGAGUUUUCGUGGAAUCGCGGAACAAAAAGAUUACGCUUAGGCUGGAGCAUCAAACGUCGAUUAUGACAGCUGAACUGAUAGCAAUAAAAGUUGCAAUAGACGAGAUCAGAAGAAGCCAACUUAGGAAUGCAGUGAUUCUCACAGAUUCAUUAUCAUCUUGUACUCUUUUGGAUCACAGUCUGAAACAUCUGGAAAGAAACGAAAUAGCGGACGAAAUCAUUCGGGUUUGCCGGGAGCGGAAAAUCGACAUCCAGUGGAUUCCGAGCCAUAUCAAUAUCAGAGGCAACGAUCUGGCCGACUCGUUGGCCAAGCAUGGAGCACAGCACGGAGAACUGCUAGAACAUCCAAUAUUGUUGAAAGAUGCAUAUUUACAAUUGCUGAAAAUAAAACAAGAAAAGGCAAACACAUGGUAUAAGGAUUAUGCAAACGAAAAAGGAAAAUUCUUUUACAAAAUUCAAUCGGAAUUCAAAACCUGCUCGCUGCCGGCAGCCGUAGUCGUGCGAGACUACGGGAAGACUUUCUCCUUCCUUGAUGUAAGAACGGGUAUGGCCUUCAGCAGCUUCAUAGACGACGCUACACAAAUACGAAUGCUGGAAACGGUACGAAUUCGCCGGGCGAGAUGCACCUCACGUACGAAGAAUUUAUCCAACUAUCGGAUCCUACUGCCUAAGGGGCUGGUCAGUUCGCAGAAAGACGUGCAGGACUUCAUGAGUACGAUGGACCUCAAUAAGCAGCACUACCAGACCAGCUCGAUCGGGAAGACCAAGAUCAGGCGUGAAUCGCAGAAGAUAUCGCGGAACAUUUGUCUGCACACGCGAAUCAUCGACAGUAUCAUCACAAUUCAGGUCUGGUUCCGGUCGAUCCUGCAGCGGACAGAAUACUGUCUGUACCGCAGUACGGCCUGCACGUCUCAAUCGUACUGGCGAGUGUGCCUGAAGGCAAAGUUCCUGACGAAGCUGCGAACGGAAGUCGCUACCAUCAUCAUAGCUCUUGGCGGGGCGACUAUUGAGAUAUCUGACGUUUAA